AACUAUCACAAACUCCUUCCAAAAAUAUAGCAAAGCCAGAGGACAGUACUUGCUUUGAUCGAACAAGAAGAUGAAGUCAGAGACUGUGACAUUACUCUUGGUAAAUCUAGCGAGCAUAAUGGAGAGAGCUGAUGAGAAGUUGCUGCCUGGGGUGUACAAGGAAGUAGGAGCAGCUCUCCACACUGACCCAACUGGUUUGGGCUCACUCACUUUUUUCCGAUCCAUAGUGCAGUCUUUGUGUUACCCACUUGCUGCUUACUUAGCUAGCAAUCACAACCGUGCCCAUGUCAUUGCUCUUGGUGCUUUCCUCUGGGCCGCAGCUACUUUCCUUGUUGCCAUCUCUUCCACCUUUUUCCAGGUUGCAGUCUCAAGAGGUUUAAAUGGAAUUGGACUUGCCAUUGUCAUACCUGCCAUUCAGUCUCUUGUUGCUGACUCAACUGAAGCUAGCAAUCGUGGUUUGGCUUUUGGAUUGUUACAACUAACAGGAAACCUUGGCUCCAUCUUUGGUGGGUUCUGUUCAGUACUUAUAGCCUCAAAAUCAGUAAUGGGCGUGGCUGGCUGGAGAAUUGCUUUCCAUAUGGUAGCAUUUAUAAGUGUCAUAGUUGGGAUAUUGGUCCGCCUCUUUGCGAAUGAUCCACGCUUUUCUAAGAGUGAUUGUGGUGCUAGAAAUCAAGUUAUUCAUAAACCUUUUUGGUCAAAUGUUAAAGAGCUGAUUCAGGAAGCAAAAUCGGUAAUAAGAAUCCCAUCUUUCCAGAUAAUUGUCGCACAAGGUGUCUCUGGUUCAAUCCCUGGAUCAGCCUUUUCAUUUGCCCCUAUGUGGUUGGAGCUUAUAGGUUUCUCCCAUGAAAAAACGGCAGUCCUUUGGACCAUACUAAUUAUUGGUGGUUCAUUUGGAUGUGUAUUUGGUGGAUGGAUGGGGGAUAACCUUGCAAAAUGCUUACCCAAUUCAGGAAGAAUUAUUCUGUCACAAAUAAGCUCAGCUUCGCUUGUUCCUACAGCUGCAUUUUUGCUGCUAGUAUUGCCCGAUGAUCCAUCCACUGCAUUUAUGCAUGGACUGGCCUUGUUCAUUCUGGGAUUUUUUGCAUCCUGGGAUGCUGCAGCAACUAACAAUCCAAUAUUUGCAGAAAUAGUCCCUGAGAAGUCCCGUACGAGCAUCUAUGCUUUGGAUCGAUCAUUUGAGACCAUACUAUCGUCAUUUGCUCCCACUGUAGUUGGGAUUUUGGCUCAGAACGUUUAUGGUUAUAAACCGAUUCCGAAAGGGUCAUCAACCUCUGCAGAGAUUGAAACAGAUAGACAGAAUGCUGCAUCACUUGCCAAGGCACUCUACACAGCAAUUGGCAUUCCAGCUGCAAUUUGUUGCUUCAUCUACUCCUUCCUCUACUGCACAUACCCAAGAGACCGUGAACAUGCAAGAAUGAUCUUAUUCACCAUGGAACUUAGUUAACGCCAAAAUAUUUCGCUGAAAAGUUUUCACCACAGAAUAAACUAUUUGUAAAUUUUUUUCAUGAUCACUGGCUAUUCUGCAUGAACUUCAGUGGCAAAUCAAGCCAUCCUCAUCACACUUCUAUAUUCUUCUUUGCAUCUUUAAGUUGUCAAUAAGAAGAUUUAGAAAUCAAAUUGCUCUCCUCAGCAAGGAAAGCCUGUUGGUGAGUAACAAGGUUCUUUCACUUCCAUUUUCUCCUCUUUUUUUCUUGACUAAUCUCUUACCUAUGAAGCACUUGGAUAAUAUUUUGACCCAAAAUAAGGUCCAGUAGGGAUGUUUGACUUUUGAUAGAGUCGGCAAGACCAUGUUGGAGCAAAACUGCACUGCUACAUGUCCAAUGUCUACACAAAAACUGAAGCUGCAUGUACUAACAUAAACAAGCCAGAGUAUUCAAGAAACCACAAUUGGCAGGGAAUUUUUAUCAAUAUGAGUAGCCGCAAGAGUUUUCUUCUUGCCUCAAAAUGAUCAACCACAUUGACAUAAAUUAUAGCUAGAAAAACUAGCCCAUGGUUAUUACACAUGGAUCCCUCACACUCAAGCAAGAAUGUCAUUUCUUUGAAGUAAGCAAAGUGAAAGUAUGAAAUGUUAAAGAAGGGCACUUCCCUAUGAAGUCAUCACUUCAACUACCAACUCCAAUUUCUUGAAGUGCAGAUAGCUCCACCAAACUUCAGGCAGCUUUCAGAUCAUUGUCAUUUCUUUUUCCACUAAAGAGCUUAGCUAGAUUAGGCAUUACCUUAUUUUUCUUCUAUAUAGUGAAAGAAUUAAGAUGUUGUGAGCCUGGUGAGGCAGAAUUCUGAAACUUGGCUCGCCUGGAUGGAGUAAAAUUGCCAUUACCUUUCAUAGAUUUUCUAUGUAAUUCUAGUUGCAAGUUUUCAGCUUCUGCAUUCUUCUUGCGUUUCUGUCUCCAGUUUUGUAAUUCUCCCUCAACUGUACACUUUUGCUGAAAGUGAUCUCUUUGUUUUGUAGGCCUCACAUUCUUCCUCCACCCUUACCUCUCUGAUCUCUCUCUGAGCUAAUUCUAUCUUCAUCAAUAUUUCUUUCUCACUGGCCUUUAGAGCUUCAAUCCAUACAUGUGCAGUAGCAACCUUUUUAUCAGCAGUUCCUUCAGCCCGAACUGCAUGCCCAGUUAGAUACUCAUUCAAACUUUGAAAUGCUAAUCUUGGAACUAUGCUGUCAUGGUCUUCUCAAUAAGAGUUCUCAGAUACUAAAGAGCUAAAGCUUCUGAUGAUUUAAUUACCUCAAGUUCUUGCAUGGCUGCCUCUAAUCUUUCCUCGGUUAAUUUUAUCUCAAACUCAGUCUUUUCAAUGUUUGCCUUAAUGGUUGCAGUUUUUGCUGUAUUAAGCUCCUUUUUUUUCUUUAGCCACACACACACAUGCACGAAAACUACUUUUCUUUCUUUGCAGCGUCUCUUCUGUCUUAAGCUGAUCAAGAGUUAGGAAUAGAUUGACUAAAUUGAUUUUGCCUUUUCCUUAGCUGCAGAUACAGCUUCCAACUUGGACUUGGCUCUGAGCAGCUUUGAAUUGUGAUUUUGAACGGUUAAAUCAGGAUUCACUUCUAUUUUCUUCAACCAAACUGUCUCUUUUGUGACACGCUUUAGUUUAUUUCUUAUAAUGUCCAUAGAGGACAAGAACUGAAAACCUUUUUCUCUGACCAGACAACUCUUUUUUUGCUGCUUCCAGUUCUGCUGUAAUUGACUGCAAUGAAGGUGAAGUAAUGAAGUUCCCAAUUCUUUACCUUUUCAAAACUACUACGGCUCAAGCUAUCAUUUCUUUGAACCUUUGCUUCCAUUUCUUUCCCUAAGCUUUAGCUCAUUUUGCAAAUUGCAACACAUGAACAUCAGACAUAGUGGCAGUCAAUUUCGCUUCAAGCUCUUUGAUCGGUGAGUCUCUUCAAAUAUCCUUCAUCUUCUGCUUGGUUUUCUCCCUUGAAGCUGAGAAUUUAGUGGUUUCCUUCACUCUUUGAGCUUUAUCUUUCCAAACUCUUUUGAAGCCUCAAUCCGUGCCAACUCAACAAGCACUUCUUCUUCAUUGGCACCCUCAAUCUAUUUUCUAAGGGCUUUAACAGAGUUCAAAUAAGACAACAUUUUUGAACUUGAGGCUUUAACUUCCUUCUCCAUCCUCGAUUUCUCUUCCCAAACAUAAGCCUUGUGAAGCUUAAGCUUACUCAAUUCAUGUUUCACAAAUUCCAACUCUCUCAUGACUUCUUCAUACUGAUAACUCUCAACAUUUUUGCUCUUGAAGAUGACUUAUUUAAGAAUUCAGAAGAAAAAGUUUCAUUAGAAAAUGCAAAUGGAUGAUAUUGUAUAGAAUUAAAUGUAAAUGGUAUGAUGAGGUUUUGACGGUUUUUGAAAAAUAACUGAGAAAUCCAUCCGGGGUUUCUUGAGUGAAGGACUACCUUCAAGAGCCUAUCUCCAUACAAAUAUACGGCUGUUUUAAGUGACCAAGUUCUUCUAUUAUCCAACUUUGCUCUAUCC